UUCCCCAGAUAUCGAUUUCGGGAUUCUUAAAUUCAAGGGUUCGGUAUCAUCCAGAACAACCCAGAAAAGGGUCUUUUUCUGUUGAAGGAUUGGUUAGCGGAUUCUGGUACUUUGCCUUCUUCUUUUACGUUUUGUUCGUUGAUUCAUAGUUUUGUAUCUCAAGGGAAUAUGGAUAGCAAUUGAGGUGUUGGAGUUGAUGACGGGUGAUAGUGUUAGAUACCCUUUUGAUAAUUUUGUUUUUAGUUCUGUCAUUGCUAGUUUUUGUAAGACUGGGAGACUUGAUGUUGCGCUUGAAUUUUUCAAAAAUUGUGUGAAUUUAGGAGCUUUAAGGACUAAUGUUGUUACUUAUACGUCUCUGUUAAACGCUUUCAAUCGGUUGGGUAGAUUUGAUGAGGCUUGUGAUUUGGUUUCUAGUAUUGAAAAACAAGGGCUGGCUUUGGAUGUUCUUUAUAGCUGUUGGAUUUUAGGGUACUUUGGAAAUGGGUGUUUAGUGGAGGCUUUGAAGAAGCAUAGACAGAUGGUGGACAGAGGAAUUAAUCCGGAUAUCGUAUGUUACACUAUUCUUUUCGAUGGAUUCUCGAGGAAAGGCAGCAUGGACAAGGCUGUUGCGUUUCUGAAGAUGUUGAAAGAUGGGGUGCUGCCCAAUGUGAUUACGUGUACGGUAAUCAUGUUAGGAUUUUGUAAAGAAGGGAAAUUGGAGAAGGCAUCUACAUUGUUCAAGGAAGCUCAAGAUAUGGGGAUUGAAGUGGAUGAGUAUAUGUACGCAACACUGAUUGAUGGAGCUUGUUGGAAAGGAGAUUUUGACUGUGUCUUCCAUCUGUAGGGUGAAAUGGAGAAGAAGGCCGAGUGUUAUUACUUAUAACAUAGUCAUUAACGGUUUGUGUAAGGUUAGGAGGACAUCUGAAGCUGAUAACGUAUUCAAGGAGGCAGGUGGUGAUAUUAUAGCGUACAGUACUCUAUUGCAUGGUUACACUGACGAAGGGAAUGUGGAAGGGAUUUUUAAGACGAAAGGAAAA